AAGGUACGCAUCUAUCUGACACCUGAAUGCAGCUCAACCUAUUAUCUGGGGUCCUAAUUCUGUUUACAUUCUUUCCCUAGACUUUUCAACCGUCCAUCUCCAUCUCCAUCUCCAUCUCCAUCUCCAUCUCCAUCUUUAUCUCCAUUUCCAUCAUCCAUCAUCCUCUUCGGGAUGAAAAGGUCUCUUCUUUCAAUAAACGCACCACAAGCAAUUAAUUUUAUUUUUACCUCUCUAUACCUUAAAUUAAUAUCAAAAAAAAGUCGUUAACCUUAGAAAAUAGUUUGGGGUCCAGAUAUCCUUCCUAUUGGCUAUUUCCGCUCUCGGAACAUUGGAUCUCUUUGGAUCUUGGUAACCAGGUACGCUCAAAACAUUGUUCCUGUUCAUCACCACCAAUCUUUCUUUUUGUGGGCAUUCAAUUUGGGAAGCUGUGUCUAGAUAUGCUUGACUUUUCCUCACAAAUCACAGUUUGUUUUUUCCAUCUUACAACUUUAUACCUUUUUCUUUUGCAAUAUUCUCCAAUUAUCACAGUCCCCAGCUUUUAAUUUGUAUAUGAUUCAAGGCGUAUCACCACAUGAAUUGCCUUACCUCGAGUCAGUCCUUGUGCAUUGACUGCCUAUACAAGCCCUCUUCCAGAUAAACUUAUACAGUCUUACCAAUUCACAUAUCUAUAUCAUACGUUUUUGUCUUGUUGAUAUAUAAUUGCCUAUACUGAUUUGCAUUGAAAGCUGUUAAUACAGGUCAUUACUCAGAUCUGAGCACUUUGUCUCAAUGUCCCGUUUGACCUGAUCAAUUCAUCCAAAGCAGUCGUUCGACAUCAUCCUAAUUGACGACUUUCUCAUUCGCUACUACUUUUUGCUGGUCAUAAACAAGACAGUUGGGAGGAUCAAUUCGGGAAGAUCAACGAUAAUCACUGAGCCUAAUCCAAUAUUAAUUAUGCAUACUUCACAAUCGGCACAACAAUCUGCACGGUUGGAGAACUCUAGUCGGCGAGUUGGUAGAUCACACAGCAUUUCGAGCGAUAGACCUUCGACGGCUAGCACUUCUACGGGUUUACUAUCUCCGCCUCUCUCAAUCUCACCCGAGCCAGUUUACAUUGCCUCUUCAGCGGCUUCACAAAUCGUUACGAAUGACCAUGAUAGCACCGCGGAUGCUUGGCUUGAUCAACAUGGAAUUGAGCCCUCGGGAGAAACGGCAUUGGUAUCACCCGCUGCUCUCAAACUUGUCAAUACAUUUCUUGACCAACUUGUAUUAAAUUUCCUCUCAGCAUCGAAAUCAACUUCACUGGUAUCAUUACGCCCAGCUAUUACUGAGGUUCUGAAGCCAAGACUUGCAAGAGACGCCGUUAGAGGAGCCGACAGUGAGCUUCGAGAAUAUUUGGGUGGAAGUGGAAAUGACGAAUUACUGUCAUCGGAGAGGGAAGGCCAGUCAAGCCGAGACUGGGACCUCGAACUGGUGUGGAAGCGUACAAGAUUGAGGUGUAUGGUUUAUUCAUCAUUGGGGGAUAUGGAAGAAGAGGACGAGGAUCGAUAUACAGCGCAAGAGCAUCUCAAUGGUUCCCUGGAAUCUGGGGAUCGUGAAAAUGAAACCGGAAUCGUCUCUCCAGCUGUUGCUAUCUUCUUAACGUCCAUCUUGGAAUUCAUGGGUGAACAGAUACUUAUUGUGGCAGGACAGGCGGCCUAUACCCGACUUCGCAUGAAAUAUGAGAAGGAGGAGCGCGAUGGCACGAUUAGACAAACUGACAUCGCGGAACGUGUAGUCGUAGAGGAUACUGAUAUGGAGCGAGUCGGAUCGGAUCGAAUAUUGGGAAAACUUUGGAGAGACUGGAAAAAGCGCGCCCGUUCCCCAACAAAUUCAGAGUCCAUGAGUCAUUCGCAUUCGAGAGAAAUUACGGGCAAUUCAGCACGGCCUGUCCUGGAGCCAGCCCAAGCGGCUAGUAUCUCUUCAAGUGAUAACGGGGAACUACAAGAAACAUCAUUCGACGCUUUGGCUGAGCACAAACAAGCUGCUAUGAUUCCUUUGCCAAUGACUGUGGACGAUGUUAGGGAAAUUGAAAUACCAGGCUUAGCUCCGCAAAGUGAUAAUGCAGAAGAUGAUGAUGCUUCAGAGACAGAAGAGCUACCCUUUUCUCGUCGACCGAAGAGUAUGGUGAUUUUCACAAAUGCAUCGCACAAUCUUCCUACACCUAGUUCUUCCCAACCGCCAACCCCAAUAUUCGCCGCUAGUCCUUCAAAAUCGAGAAAACGUGCAAACUCGUUACCACCUCCCAUCCCAUCUACAGUUACGUCACUUUUCUCCCGAAGUUCCGAGGAAGCAGUUCCGCGCCGGGAGGACUCGAUGAAGCCAUCCCAAGGUGGAGCUGCGGCCUUGAAUGGCACGAUCACUCCCGCAGAAUCAGAGAAAGAUGCAGGGGAAGAAGAUGAAGAGGUUUCAAGUAAAGGGAAGAGUGCUGUACUGGAAUCGAAGCAUGAGCCCGUGGAUGACACCACGGAAUUUGAUGACACGAGUAAGGAUAUGGAUUCUGAUUUCGAAUUUGUUGAAGAACCGCAAAUCAUGACUUCCUCACGUAUCUCUUUCGGUGGUCGAGUUUCUCCUGAUGAUAGAGAUUCCUCUACACGUUCCAGCGUACACUCUAGUGCUCAAUCACCGAGUAUUCAUUCCUUGCGUCUCAUUGAUGUUAACACAGCGAAGAGUCCUACAACAAGGUCGCGCCAGGACUCCUUUGAUGCGACAGAUUUCAUUCCUGGGCGAGGUGUCUCGAUAUCUCGUCCUACUAGUAUACAUUCACCUAUCAUAACAGAACUUUCUUCUCGAGGAACAAGCCCGCACUUCAGAAGCUCGAAUAGUUCUCCAUUAGCUCGAACCGGCUCCAACUUAAGCUCAAUGCCUGUCAAGACAACCACCGACUCGAUAUCCGAGGUAGACGAAAGGGAGUCAGCUGGAGAUGACUCUCCAUUGACAGCUGUACCAUCAGAGCUUGCAGCCGCAAUGCAGGGAGUUGAUGUGGAUCCUAGUCCUACGUCUCAGAACUAUCCUUCCUUCAAAUCCGCGGCUUUUAGAUCGACACCAUUUGUGCUCGCUGCCCCUCCGACCCCACAGAAUUAUCGAGAAAAUAUGAAAGGAUCGGCCAGACAACAAGCCAAUAAGGGCCAGCCACUGAACGGGUUCUCAAACUCGAAUGUUCGAGGAAUUGAGCAAGAUGUUCAAAUGACAUAUCAGGGUGCAAAGAACUCAUUUGAGCCACCUCCAAGGUCGGUCUCUCGUACAGUAGCAAGUUCUGCGAACGAGAAUCCCGCGAUUCUACCAGUCGUAAAAGAGAGCAGCUCUCCGGAGAUGUUCAAGAGUAUCCCUCGUUCAUCUUUAGUGCGCCGUACUUCAUCUCCGCGCUCUAUGGGCGAGGAAGUAUCACGCAAGGCCAUACUUGAAACACAGCACAAAGUUCACCAGGCAUCUUACACAUCCAGCAUCGUCUCACCUUCUAUCCCUCGUGACAGAAAACGGCGAGUAUCAGAAGAAAGUGGUGUGUCGGCGAUGAGUAGUGCUGGGGAUUCUAAGUCAUUUGAAGAAUUGAUUCGAGGGGACGAGACCAUUCAAUACACAUUAACACCACAAAAUAUGCGUGCUAUUGAAAGUCCAGAUUCCCCAUUGAGUUUGACAGCCAUUCCUGUCCCCCGGUCUGCUUCUGGACGUGCACACUCACCAUCAGUGAGCAAACACACCGGAUUGCACUCCCAUCCUCUUAGUGUUCCCUUAAAAAGUCCUUGUACCGCAAAACCAAGAGAUCCAAGAGCUGACCAAGAUUCACUCGGAGAUUUCUCUGAUUUUAUUCGAUCCACAGGUCCUGCCAUUCCUCUGAAGAGAGAAGAAAUUCACUCACGAUCAAGUUCAAGUGCCGCGAGUGAUAUUGCUCGGCCACUAAUAACUAGUAAUCUCCACAAAGGAACCAAUGGAACCCCGAGAAACGUCAGUGGCUCAAUACCUCGUGUGGGUCCAGUUGCCGCUCUUCCGGCACGAGCGGCGUCAUCUGCUGGUCGAUCGGGUAGACGAAAUAAAUUACAGGCUCGUGAUGCCACCGUAGGCAAAGACUCUAUCACCGAUCUUAUAGACUUUGUAAGGGCUGGUCCUGAUGAAGUUGGCGGUCAUCGUAUACCACGAACUGUUGCUCCGUUUAGAAGUACAAUGGAUUCUGAUCAAAUGUCUGGUUUUGCCGGUGGUAAGGCUAUAGAUGCAUCUCUACCUGAUGCUAGAUACAGCCAAGCAUCUACCCACGCAUCCACAAAUCAUUCCUCGGUUACUUCGCAAACAGGACUACUGAACAGCUCUAAUAAGGCGAACAAGCCCAUCCCCACUGGUAUGAAUAUCGACGACGAUGAAGAUAUGAUGCCGAAACGAAAGACACGAAGAGUGAGGGAUCCAUAUGCUAUUGACUUCAGUGAUGAAGAAGAUGAUGAAUUCGAACAUUCCUCCAGACCGGCUCCCAUACAAGAAGAGUCCUUGGCGGACUUCCUCCGAAACGUACCUCCACCACCUUCACCGAAAAUGACUCCUAUUUUUGCAGAAGCUCAGAAGCCGCCUAAGAAAAAGCCCAGCUUUUCUUCUCGUUUCACUAGAAGUGGCUCUACUUCUCAGGUUCAGCAACAUAAAACAUCAAAUUCUAUGUCAUCUCGCACGACAUCCACCAAACAUACACCUUCUUCUUCAAUUAAUCCUCAAUUUAAUGCUUCUGUUGGUGGUAGUAGCCAUGGAAAUUAUUCCCAACAAUCCGAAGCUCCGAGAGCAACGCCAAGCUCCAAUGUCAUUAGGAAGCCUUAUGAAUCUCGCGAACCUGUUCCAGUGAAGUUCAGAUCUCAAACAAGCGAUCUUGCAGACUUUCUACGAAGCUCAGAACCACCUCCAUCGGUAGAACCUAAACCUUUUGUCCACGCAAAGGAGGAGAGUACAUUCGCAAGUCGGUUCUUUGGGAGACGUAAGAAGAGCACUGCUGGAUUUUAGUAAUUCUUCUUUGAAUAUUUAUUCUACGACAUAACGUUUAUCAUCGCCCUUUAACAAAACCACUUUUACGAUAUUGCUUUUCGCUGGAGAUUGACAUAUAAUUGCUUUACGCAAUGAAAUUUUUAUAAUUCUUACUGGGUUCUCUUUUGUGGACCAUUUACAUAUUGAAAUAAAUUUAUUCAUCUGCCAAUACAUCUUUGGGAGAUUAAGGUUGCGCUUGCAUAUUUUACUUUUACUUUUAGAUACCACGCUAGGCAUGAAUAUAUAGAUGGAAUUCCCAUCUGAGAGGGAAGAUAGGAGAGGAGAGGAGGCUUUUUAUAUUUGAUUGAUCGUGAAUAUAUAAAUUUAGCGAAGGGAAAGAUAUUUUAUUACUUUUAUAAGGAUGUAAUUCUUUCCAUGGGAUAGGAUAUUUUCAGGUUGGGUGGUUUGGAGAUAGUUUCGAGGGUGGGAAUGGUAUAUAUGGAUGGAUAUGGGAAUGAUGGAUGGGUGGAUGUUUGAUGGGAACUUGAAAAUGGUAGUU